AUGACAAUAAGCAAGUGGACGAGCAGCUGCUCGUAYGCUGUCUCGAGAAUCCACACCUACCGACUUGCCGGCACCCCGUUGCUCGCUUUGCGGAGAGCUGGCUUCGCCCAGCACAUCCGACAGCAGUCCUCCAACCACGGCAGAACACCCCAACAGGAAGAAGAUCUCAAACGGCCGGAAAAGGCAGCAUUGGUGGAAAUUGGAGGCUUGCGCAAGAUUGAUCCAGUCAAUCCGCCGAAAAGUACCCUACCACCGCCGCUGAACCUCCCAACCAAGGGGAGUGAGAACAUUGCGCUGUAUUAUUUUCGAACUGGAAGAGCAUACGGCAGUUUCUACUGGGUGGGAAUUAAGGCUGUUUGGAAUAAUCGUCGGGCAUCCAAAGCGCUCCAAGAGCGGGUCACGAAAGAUGCAGGCGCAGCUAGCUUCRAGAGCGUGUCUACGGAGAGGAAGCUUGCACUGCUGAACAGAUCAGAGUUUCAGUUGCUGGCGCGCAACAGCUAUGAUAUUGGAAAACUGCCUCUAUUCGGAUUGCUGGUCUGUUUGUUUGGCGAAUGGCUGCCGUUAUUGGUGCCGUUCAUCCCAGGCGCAGUACCUGGGACAUGUCGCAUUCCCAAACAGAUACGGGGAAUGAGAGCCAAAGCAGAGGAUCGCAGGCGUGUGAGCUUCCGACGAGGAAUCAGUGAGCCUUCCAAGAAAGAAAUGCCGGAUCCUCAGGAAGACACACCGACUGGACUGGCUCGUGCAGAAUGGCCUCUGACWCAACGGAACUACGCGGUAUGGAUGUUGAAAAAGUUUCGUGACGACCAGCUCUACCAUCUGUCCUCGUCACUCAAUCUUCACAACCGCAUGUGGGAUCGUGUACAACUCCCUCCGCCCUCUUUCCUGCUUCGCCGGGCCGUCUCGAAGCACCUUGCGUACCUCACAAGCGAUGACAAACUCCUUCUUCGUGAUGGAGGGGUGCAGAAGCUGGAUGUCGACGAAUUGAAGAUUGCCUGUGAGGAGCGUGGAAUAGAUGUACUCGGAAAGCGCGAGGAGACCUUGAGCAAUGAACUAUCCUGGUGGCUGAAGAGGCAGAAAGAGGAUGCAGGCAAAGGAUUCGCCAUGUUCAUCAUGCUGUUCAGACGACCCAACGCGUGGAAGACCAAACUCCCAGCUGAUAGAUAA